AUUUGCAUGAGAAUAGACCUGAAAUGGUUUCAGUCCAGAUUUAAAGAAACGUAAAAAAUAAAACUCAAACUGCACUGUUUAUUUACGUAUUUAUUUUUUUCUUAGGCACUUUUCCAAAAGUACACUGUAUUUUUGUGUCCCUUGUUUUUAAGCUUCUGUAUAAAAUCAGCAUUCUGUAAAAUGUGAAACAUCUAGCUUUUUUCCUAGAAGUGUCUAUUUGUUAUUACCUUAUGGGAUAAAAAAUAGAGAUGUAUAUCUUAUAUCACCAUUUAGCAAAAACAAAAGUUAAUAUAAUAUACAUUAUGUGCCUACAAGCCUACAAACUUAAAGGGCUUGUGCUAAAUAUCUGGAUAGUUUAAAUAUUAACAGUGUUGUUAUUUGCAUAGUGUCAAAGGUAAUUGUGCAAAGAGAUGUCAGGCAAAUAGUGAGUCAUUAGAAUAUCAAAUGCAAACUAUAAUGCAAUGUAUGUCACAAGAUAUGUGCCAUACAAUAUAGUCAAAAUUGAGCAGAAAUCUUAUAAUCAUACAUUCAUUAGAUCAAUGUAUGUUAAAGAUAAAUGAGUUAAUAUUCAGCUAACCUAAUAAUGAUAGUUUUCUACAGUGGAAAUGGUAAAAUAACAUUUUAAUUGCAGGGUUUCUCAGUAUGUACAUAUUUGCAGUCCACCCUGAAGGUCAUCCAUACUCACUGACCAGAGUAAAAGGACAUAGGGACAUAAACAGCUUUACACACUUUAUACACACACACUAUUUGUAAAUAUACUGUACGUCAAUUCAACACAACCACCCACUAAAUCAUAACUGUCUGAACCAUAAAGUUCUGAAUGAUUAUUUAUUUUAUUUCUGAUACUGUGUUUGAAUGACGCCACCUAAAUUGGCAGCAGCCAAGUUCCAGCACAACCAAGCAGAGUCAAAGUCAAAGUGAGGCUGGAGCUGCUCUUAUCUAUCAGCACAUAGACCCACAGAUACAGAGACAUGCUGAUACGUCAAGAACGCACAUGUGUGCACUGCACUUUGGACAUUGUGAGCAUGAUGAGGUGACAGAUAAAACCCCAGCACAAAAAUGAGAGAUAUGCACCCUCAGCUCAUCACAGAGCUCCUAACAACACUGACGUCAGACGCAGAGGAACCUUUACUUUGCUUUAGACUUCUUAGACAAAAUAAGAACUUUCUUUUUUUGACAUUUUUAAAUUGAGAGUAAAAAAACUGCAUUUAAGAAGCUGCGGGGUCUCUGCUGGAAAACCUGUGAGAGAUUUAAAAAUUCACAAAACAGUGAAAACCUCACUUUGGCAACACAAUGACGAUUGGCAAGAGUUCAAAGAAGAGCAAAGCCCCUCGCUCCCCUCCUUUUCUGGACCGGGCCAGUGGAUUCUACGGACGCUUAGAUGAAACUGAAGCAGAGGUUGGGAAAGAAGUGGAGACUGGAGAGAAAGAACCACAAACAAAGCCAGGAGUUGGACCAAGCAGCAUAGAUGAGCAGGAGCAUGGCAUUUCUGACUUCAGCGAGGGCAUGAUGGAGGACGAUGGUGCCACCCUUCUGCACAGGAAGCCCAGCCGCCUGAGCCGCCGCUGGAGCAGGAAAAGCUCCAGGAAGAACAAGGCUGAGAAGAGCUGCCAGAGCAGGGCAGAUAAAACUGAAACAGCUUCUCCUGUGGAACAGAACUUGGAUGUGCAAACAGAAAGCAAAGCUGAACCUGCACCUGCCAGCGAGGCUCCAGAACCAGUGCUGGUCCAUUUCUCCAUUAGAGAAGAAGCUGAUGAUCAAGUGCUCAUCUCAGCAAGGAGGGAGAGACAGGUGGAGAUUGAGGAGAAGACGAGAGAAGGAGAAAUUGAGGAGAAAUCAGGUGAAGAAAAUAUGAAGGUCGUGAAAAGGAGCACACUAAAGAAUUAUCGCAAGGCUUUUGACAGAGCACUCCGCCGAGGCUGGGAGACCUUCGUAGCGAACCUGUACAGUGUUACGCUGACUCCAAUCUCACCCUCCUCUUCUUCAUCAUCUCCACCUGCAUCAUCCACAAUGAACAGAAACGUUGCUUUAGCAGAAUACAGAUAAUACAAGAUCAGAAUAGCUUUUUAUACAUUUCAGUUAAUGAUUGACUGUGAAUGUGUUUAGAUAUAAUAUUUAUUAUUAUGCUUUUGGGAGCUGUUUUUUUGUUGAUAAUUUUCUAUUUAUCCUUUUAAUUAAUUCACAAUUAUGACUGAUCUAUAAACUGUACAAGAUUUAUAACACAUAGUACAGCUCAGGGUUUAUAAUUGCACUAAUGGAAUGUGAUAUUAUAUCCAGUUGAGUCAUUGGUGCUAAUGUGUUAUUUGUUUUAUGGUCCUACAUUUAGUAAAAUUUAGUAUUGUCUUGUUUUAGGAUGGUUUGUGAUGCAUAACCUGAGAGAACAGGAUUAAUAUGCUUAAUUCUGAAUAUUUGACUUUUGGUGUAAAUUAAUUAUUCAGUCCUGGUUUAUUAUUUAAGCAGGAUGCUGUUCCUGUUUACACAAACACAUGCAGAGCAUGUACCAAACCCUCCUCACAUCACCUAUUGGAGUGUUUUGGGAGUUUUUCCAGAUGUGUAACUGAAGAGCUGGGAACAGAAUAAUGGAGACAGAGUCAGCCGUUUGUCUUUAGACAGGUUACUGAGGAUGGGCUGAAAUCUCCAGUUCUGGGAGCUCUAAUUAAAAUAAAUGUAUUUUUAAACAUUUUAAACAUAUAUAUUUUUUUUUUUUUACUUUUUUUUUUCCCAUGGCCAUGAGGUGUAAAGCUGAGCCGCAAUUUCUGAAUUGUUUGCAUUGUUCAUAAACUAUUUAAUUAAUUAAUUUAUCAUAACAUUAUUCAAAUCAAAAGUAUGUAGUAAGCUUUCUUUUUCAAUGACCGGAGAGAGAUAUUGGAAAAUAAACAUUUGUUAUUUUAUUUGUCAUUAAUUUUAUGUUUUAAUGAAACAACAUUAAAUACUGUGUAUAUUUAUAAAA